AUGACCAGAGAUGUUGGACAGGAUCACCUGAGGAGGGGACAGGAAGUCAGCACUUUCAAGAGUUUCUUGGCUGGGAGCGUCUCGGGAGUGGCAGCCAGGACGGUCACAGCGCCAAUGGAUAUACUGAAGAUCAGAUUACAGAUCACACCUUAUACUAGGAAUGCGACCAACGUAUUGUCGCACCAAUCCAGAGUAUGGGGGAUGGUGAAGGAUAUUGUCACAAAGGAAGGAUUGCGUGGAUUCUGGAAGGGUAAUAUUCCAGGAUCAAUAAUGUACGUCAUCUAUGGCGGAAUUCAGUUCAGUUCAUAUUCCAAGUUUAAUUGGGCAUUGAAAUCCUUCAACUGGCCUGAUCAGGUCCAUAGUGCCGUAGUGGGUGCGUUGGCAGGAUUCACUGGGUCUCUAUGUGCAUAUCCAUUUGACGUCUUGAGAACUCGAUUUGUUGCCAAUAAAGAAAGAACAUCCUUCAAAUUGGGGAAGAUGAUCACAGAUAUAUGGAGAACAGAGGGGUUGCAAGGAUUUUAUCGUGGAUGCAGUAUUUCUAUUGUCGCAAUAACCAUUUCAUCAUCCGUGAUUUUUGGUACUUAUGAGACUAUCAAGAUCUAUUGUGACGAAAGGCUAUCGAAAGAGUCGCAUAGCUGGCUAUACCGCAGUCUGAGCAGUAGUGCAGGUGCCAUAGGUGGAAUAACGUCCAAGAUUAUUACAUUUCCAAUCGAUACUGUCCGUAGAAGGGUGCAAAUAAAGGAUUCGCAACAUUUGGGAAGUUUCUUCAAUGAACACAGCGAACGAUUGUACCUUUCCCACCAGCACCGAGGAUCCAUGAAGAUGGCCAUGAGUAUACUGCAAAAGGAGGGCAUUCUGGGUCUGUAUCGCGGAUUACUGGUAAGUUUAUGCAAGAACGUUCCUACCACAAUGGUCAGUCUGUGGACGUAUGAACAGAUCGUUAAACAGAUAACGUGA